AUGGUAGACAACCACUCUCGACCGCGUCAAUCGGUCGUCAAACCUGCCUGGCCGACAAGAUCAAAUGUAUAUCCGGCACUGCCGCACCACCCUGUCCCUCCGGUGGUUUCUGACUCAUUGCACCAGGCAUUUGUCUCAAUACCAGACGAGGGCAGUGCAUCUGCGUCUGCCCUACACUCAGCCUACCCAACGGAUCCUGUCUUGACAGGGUUGCAGACCCCGUUGACGGCCAUGGCCUCCCCCGAUGACCACAUUCCUAGAAGUUUCUUUUCGUCCUCUGAUGUUCCAUUCCCGGACUACUCUGGCUCCUUUGAACCCUACCCGUUCCAACAUAUGCAAGGCGACUCCCAGUAUUCCAUUUCGUCUCCUGGCACAUCCCUCCCACCUCGCUUUGUGGAAUCGUCUUCUGAUGCCGUCGACGGUGUUACCAGUCACCAGCCCGCUGCCGCACCAUGGAAUCAUCUGACUGCCACCGGAGGAGUACUUGCUUUUUUAUCUGACACAGGGAGCUCUAAUGAACCUGGGCUGCCUCCACGACAUCUGGAAACUCCCCUUCAUGAUCGUACAUUCUCUUCUGCCAGCGCACAAAAAUCCCUAGGAGAUUCAGGCUACGAGACUCGAUCAAGGAAAUCUCAGCAUGAAGUAGACUCGGUCAUGGACGAGCAGACAGAAAUGGAUGACCAGGACAUGGACGCGACUUCCCAUUUGCCACCCUAUGCUCAUUCCACUCGCCCAACCAACGGCUCUCGUGCUCCGAACGCAACUCAACGACCGCAGCAAAGACCUGGAGAGUUGGAAUGUUCGGAAUGUGGGUAUACGGGCAAGACAAGGUCCGAUCUGAAAAAACACUGUGCUCGCCACAAGCGAGAGCACAAAUGUCCCUUUGCGGAGUGCGCUCGGAACGCCAAAGGGUUUGCAACUGUCAAUGACCUUGACAGACAUCUAAAGGCGGUGCAUAAUAUCAACAACCGGAAGACCAGAUCCUACAAAUGUUGCGCCGACGGCUGCAACAAAACGGGAAAGGAAUGGCCUCGUUUGGACAAUUUCAAACAGCAUCUCAAAAAGAUGCAUGGCGAAGAGAACGUGGAACAUUUACUUCAAGCGUCCAACAAAUGGUAUGAGCAGCAACAUCAACAUGCACAUGCUGAUGAGACGGCCUCCCUUGCGCCGUCGAUCGCCUCGGCCUCGUCGCCCUUGGUUUCCGGUCACGAUCGGUUUUCCCUUUCUGACAAUAACAACAGCUAUUCAAAUGCCGACCUCAUUUUCAAUUCAAACAGGCCCGAGACUGUCCAGAUGUCUCGCCAGACAAGUCACAAUGGUCAGGUCAAUAAUCAAGAUCUGAUCCGGCCCUUGGGCCUAACCCACGCGAUGUCGCAACAACAUCAGGGCCGACACAUAUCCACGGCGACCCAGAACCACAGCUUGCGACAACCGCGAGCCUUUCCUAACCCGGACAUCAACGACAUGUCACCACCCACAGCCUACAUGCCACGGGCUUGGUCACAGGCCGAUUUUUCUCGCUAUCAAGAUCUGGAACAGCUCCCUCCCGACUUUACCAAUCAAAGAGUUAACUACCACUUCUUCCCUCGUGUGCCUCGGAAGUCCAUUGACGCUGCCGCUGCGGCACUGAAAACGAACUUUGCAUACGACUCUGACCAAUCCUGGAGAUUCAAACGGCCCAAUACAAUUGCCGUCCCAGAUCUUGACCAGGACCGGAUGGCCGACUUCAUCUCACCCCAGGAACUGCGGCAUAUUCCAUCAGACCUCAAGUGCUCACAAGAAGAAGACCUUGGCUUUGUUGGAAGUAGUACCAACCCCGCCAUCACCGAUAGCGGCUUGGGGUCCUCGCCACACCAAAGCUACCAAGUCAACAUAUCCGCACUCGAGAAUUCGUCCAAGUCUGAGCUCCAGAAGGCGAUGGAAGAGGAAAUCCACUCCUUUUUAGAACGUCAUCGCUCCAAAGGAGGAAGUGAAUUGCGCUCCGAUGAGGAGAUUUUGACUCAAUUCCGCUUGUCAUUACACGGCAGCGAUGCCUUGACGAGUUACGCUGCCUCAUCUGUGGGGCCGCGGUCGAGGACCACCGACGCCGGACUUUCUGGAGGCAUGCGAUCGCCUGCGACAAGGCCGACGCAGUUUCGGUGCCACUAUGAGGGAUGCAAAAAGGUGAUGCCCAGGCAAAGUGAGCUAAACAAGCACAUGAAACGGCAUCAGAAGCCAUAUGGUUGUGUCUACGACGGAUGCACCAAAACCUUUGGCAGUAAAGAUGAUUGGAAGAGGCACGAGCGGAAUCAACACGAACAACAAGAGUGUUGGCACUGUCAUCUAUGUUUUCGUGUCUUUUUUCAUGAUUCAUCACACUUCGUCACGCAUAUGCAGGAGGCCCAUUCGAUUCCACGACCCGAGGAACUGGCCCCGCAACGCCGAGUAUCACGCAACCAUCAGGGUCGAUUCUGGUGUGGAUUCUGCAAGGAUAUCAUCGUACACCCGCAGACUGAUACAGAUGCCAUCGCGUACCGCUUCGGUCACAUUGCUAAUCACUUCAUGAAAGAGAACAAGUCAAGCAAGGAGUGGGUUGAACUCACAGGUAAUGGAAAGACCAAGGGAGCACUAUCUGAGGAGAGGAAGCAGAGCCAAGGUAUCACAGCUGAAGAGGACGAAGAUAUCGCAGAUGCCUCACAGACGCCCUCCUGUCGUUCUCAAUCUUCGGCUUCCCAACAGAGCGGCCUGUCGCCAACCUACCAGCCUUCCUCAAAGCAUGCCGUGGAUCCCCGCAGCACUCAGCAGAAAAUAUCAAGUAUGGGUCAAACCCAUGGCACGACAGCAGUCUCUCGAACGUCCGAUACACUCGACCACAGUCAAACUCGGAACCCGACCUCUGGUCGACGGCACCAUCUGCCACGUAAAGCCUUUGCCACGGUCGUCACCUGCUGCCAGUGCGACGCAUCCUACGCCUAUGGCCUGAGCAAAUUCUGUAUGAUGUCAGAUUGUCAGCACGCGUUCUGCGACCGCUGUGUCUAUGCUCACCCCAAGGGCGCCGUUUAG